CUGAUCCUCUCCUCUCUGCAGCCAUGGCCGAGGCCUCCGACAAACUUUACCGGGCUGAGUACGCUAAGAGCGGCCGCGCCUCUUGCAAGAAAUGCGGCGACAACAUCGCCAAGGAGUCUCUGCGUCUCGCCAUCAUGGUGCAGUCCCCAAUGUUCGAUGGCAAAGUUCCGCACUGGCAUCACUACUCGUGUUUCUGGAAGCGUGCCCGAGUCUUAUCCCAAGGGGAUAUUUAUGGUUACACAGAGCUCCGAUGGGAAGAUCAGGAAAUGAUUAAGAAAGCCAUUGAAACUGGAGGGGCUGCUGCAGGAGCUGGAGGAGAUUCCAAGGGGGGCAAAGGGGAGAUGACUCUGAAUGAUUUUGCAGCCGAAUAUGCAAAGUCAAACAGAAGCGCCUGCAAAGGCUGUGAGCAGAAAAUAGAAAAGGGGCAGAUCAGAAUAUCCAAAAAGAGUGUGGAUGUGGAGCGGCCCCAGCUGGGGAUGAUUGAUCGGUGGUACCACCCAGACUGCUUUGUGAGCAGCAGAGAGGAACUGGGCUUUCUUCCCUCCUACAGCGCCAGCCAGCUUAAGGGCUUCACCAUCCUAAGUGCAGAAGACAAAGACUCCUUAAAGAAAAAGCUUCCAGCUGUAAAGAAUGAAGGGAAGAGGAAGGCAGAUGAAGUGGACGGACAUUCCGCUGCAACCAAAAAGAAAAUAAAGAAAGAGAAGGAGAAAGAGUCAAAGCUGGAAAAGCUGCUAAAGGAGCAAACGGAGCUGAUUUGGCAUAUUAAGGAUGAACUGAAAAAAGUUUGCAGCACCAAUGAUUUGAAGGAGCUUCUCAUAGCCAACAAACAGCAGGUGCCGUCCGGUGAGACCAACAUUGUGGACCGGGUAUCGGAUGGCAUGGCAUUUGGAGCGCUGCUUCCAUGCGAGGAAUGCAGUGGGCAAUUUGUUUUCAAGGGCGACGCUUAUUAUUGCACUGGGGACCUCAGUGCCUGGACAAAAUGUGUUGCUAAAACACAAACUCCCAACAGAAAGGAUUGGGUGACACCAAAGGAGUUCCAUGAAAUUCCUUAUUUGAAGAAAUUUAAGUUCAAAAGACAUGACCGAGCUUUCCCUCCAUGUGCUGCUCCUACACCUAUCAGCCCACCAGCUGCCCCUGAACCGAAACCGACUGUGGAGGAAACUUUUCCUGAAGGGAAACCUUUAACCAAUACGAAGGUUCUUCUUAUUGGAAAGCUAUCAAAAAACAAAGAUGAAGUAAAGACGUUGAUUGAGGGACUGGGCGGCAAGGUCGCUGGUUCUGCACACAAGGCCAAUCUGUGCAUCAGCACUAACAAGGAAGUUGAGAAGAUGAGUAAAAAGAUGGAGGAAGUGAAAGCAGCCAAUGUGCGUGUAGUAAGUGACGACUUCCUAAAGGAAGUGGAGUCGGGGAAGAGCGUGCAGGAAUUGUUAUCCCAGUUUGGAAUAUCUUCAUGGGGGGCUGAAAUCAAGCAGGAGGCUGUGCAGCCAACAGAAAAGCAGCCCUCCAGUGGGCCCGUGGCUGGGAAGAGUUCGGGCAAAGUAAAAGAAGAGAAAGGGAGCAACAAGUCUGAGAAGAAAAUGAAAUUGACUGUUAAAGGGGGAGCAGCCAUUGACCCUGAUUCUGAGCUGGAAGAUUCAUGUCAUGUCUUGGAAACGGGAGGAAAGAUUUUCAGUGCAACUCUGGGACUGGUGGAUAUAACCAGAGGGACAAACUCCUAUUAUAAGCUGCAACUUAUAGAGCACGACAGAGAUUCCAGGUACUGGGUGUUCCGAUCCUGGGGUCGGGUGGGCACAGUAAUAGGCAGUAAAAAGCUAGAAGAGAUGUCUUCCAAGGAAGAUGCCAUUGAACAUUUCCUCAACCUGUAUCAGGACAAAACUGGCAAUGCAUGGCACUCGCCCAAUUUCACCAAAUACCCCAAAAAAUUCUAUCCCCUGGAAAUAGACUAUGGACAGGAAGAAGAUGUGGUGAAGAAGCUCUCAGUGGGGGCCGGCACAAAAUCCAAGCUCGCUAAGCCUGUCCAGGAACUGAUCAAAUUAAUUUUUGAUGUGGAGAGCAUGAAAAAGGCCAUGGUGGAGUUUGAGAUCGAUCUCCAGAAGAUGCCUUUGGGGAAACUCAGCAAGCGGCAGAUUCAGAGUGCGUACUCUAUUCUUAGCCAAGUGCAGCAGGCCGUGUCUGAAUCCUUAAGCGAAGCCCGAUUACUGGAUCUCUCCAAUCAGUUUUACACACUCAUACCUCAUGAUUUUGGAAUGAAGAAGCCCCCGCUGCUAAAUAACCUAGAGUACAUACAGGCUAAAGUGCAGAUGCUGGAUAAUCUGCUCGACAUUGAAGUUGCUUACAGCCUGUUGAGAGGUGGCGCCGAUGAUGGUGAAAAGGAUCCCAUUGAUGUGAAAUAUGAAAAGAUUAAGACUGACAUUAAGGUUGUUGCUAAAGAUUCAGAAGAAUCCAGAAUUAUAUGCGAUUAUGUCAAGAACACGCACGCAGAUACGCACAAUGCAUAUGAUCUUGAGGUCCUCGAGAUAUUCAAAAUCGACCGUGAAGGUGAAUAUCAGCGGUAUAAACCAUUUAAACAGCUACACAACCGCCAGCUGCUUUGGCACGGCUCCCGCACCACAAAUUUUGCAGGAAUAUUGUCUCAGGGUCUCCGAAUUGCUCCGCCAGAAGCUCCUGUUACCGGGUAUAUGUUUGGCAAAGGUAUCUAUUUUGCCGACAUGGUAUCCAAAAGUGCAAACUACUGUCAUGCAAUGCCGGGUAGCCCCAUAGGGCUGAUCUUACUGGGGGAGGUGGCCCUCGGAAACAUGCAUGAGCUGAAAGCAGCAUCACAAAUUACAAAACUUCCCAAGGGCAAACACAGUGUAAAGGGUUUGGGUAGAACUGCACCAGAUCCCUCAGCUACUGUACAGCUGGAUGGAGUGGAUGUUCCUCUCGGGAAAGGAACUUCUGCAAAUAUCAGUGACACCAGCCUGUUGUAUAAUGAAUAUAUUGUGUAUGAUAUUGCUCAGGUCAACCUGAAGUACCUGCUGAAGCUCAAGUUCAACUACAAAGGAGGGAUGAUGUGGUGAUCGCCCUGCCUGCAGCGUAGAUAAAUCUUAGAAAUGAACUAGUGCUCUCACUUUGCAUUCUAUUAAUCCUCCCCAGGAACUGCCGGCCCAUCCCUGAAGCUGACUCCUAAACUCCCAGUGAGCAAGUAGAUGUCUGUGGCCAUAAUAAGAGCCACCCGGUACCUCUGCCUGUGUAACGGGACGGCUUAUUGCUGCACAUGCACUGCUGCUGCUCAAAUGCCAAGUGCACAACGAGAUGCCCCAGAAGGCUUGUUCCCGACUUGAGGACACUGUCUUGUAUUCCCAUUGUUCUUCCAGAUAUGUUCCAGAUGUUAACCCUUUAUUUUCAGUUUAUAAACAUUAAAGAAAAAAAAAAAACAUUACACAAAAUAUGAGUGUGUAUGUAUAGUUCUGAUAGUCGCCUUUAAUUCCCCUUUAACGUACGCUUUGUGUAGGCUACACAUACGUUGGGCAGGGAUGGAUCACGGAGUGGCUAUAAUGUGACAUGGUGUGACCAUAAGAAUUAAUACUGUAAUCCACAGACCGAUCUGUAACCUUUAGUUAUAAUGAUGGUCCAAUAAAUGUACUCUGUCUCA